AAAAGAGUCUGGCGUGGUCUGGCGCGCGUUAUUGACAAAAUUGUUUGCGCUGUGCACAAAGCUUAGACUGAAACAGAACUUUAGUAUUUUAACAGUAACUUAAAACUUAAGAUUGAUAUAUACUCGAGCCAGUAUCGUUAUUAGGAUAAUUAGGCACUAAAAUAAGCGUAUUUACUAUUUAUCGAAGAUCCUUGCGUGUUUCCAACUCCAGUAAAGAUGCUUGCCGUUCGAAGAUUGUUCCAGCAGCGACCGUUGCUAGGCAACGCGCUGGCCUACGGCACUCUAUUCGUCGGUGCCGAGUUCACUCAGCAAACGCUGCUGAACCGAGUCCUGGUGCGCGACAAAGAGCAGCCGAAGCAGCCGUACGACACGGCGACUUUGGGAAGGUAUGCCGUCCUCGGCUAUACGGUGAACCCAACCAUUCUCUACUACUGGUACCGAUGGCUGGACAAACGGCUGGUCGGUACCGCGGUGUCCACCGUCGCCAAGAAGCUGGUCCUCGACCUGGGAGUAAUCGGUCCAAUCAACAUCUUCAUUUUCUUCACAGCAAUGGCACUAAUGGAGAGGAAAGAAGACUUGUUCGCCGAACACAAAGAAAAAUACAUUGGAACAUGUUUAAAACAAGUAUACUUCUGGCUGCCAGCCCAGGCUGUGAACUUCUUCUUGCUGCCGACCCGUGUUCGUGUGCUGUACGUGGGCGCGUGCUCGUUCCUCUGGCUGAACCUCCUCUGCUGGAUCAAACGCUCACCGAGCGCUCUCAAAGACACCGUGAGCGCCCAGAAGACGCCGUAAGCGCUCAAGGGACGCCAUGGAACACCCAAAAGACGACCAAAUGCCCGACCAGACGUCAUUUAAACGCGUCGUGACUAUACAGCCGACGUAUAACCACCGCCGGUCACAGCUGCCAGCAGGGGUGAAGGUGCCAUCGUCCAGAUUGGCAGGGGUGACUGGCAACUCCCACAGGUCGAUACUGGGACUGAGGCGUUUUGGCCAGUGACGUUCCAUCACUAUAAGGGGCUGUGCGAUUUGGGCACUGUGCAAUAUUUCAUGAACUGGCCUCUCAACAAAAGAACCUUUUCUGGGCGCAGCGUCCACCAGUAGUUCGAGCUCUUUGGCAGGCUUCGCCGGUUUCAUUCAAUGGGGAUGCACUAUUCAUAUUGAUUCAUGGUGCAUGUUCUGUAAGGACAUAACUAUGUGGGGCGAAAACUGUGGGAGGGGUUAGUUAUAUGUUGUAACAUAGAUAACAUGAUUCAUGUUAUUUGCAUAGUUCAUGUAUUCAUGCAUGGUUGUAAGUAUACUUCGUGCUAUGUGUUGUUAUAGUUAUGGGUGAGUUAUGUGUCAAAAGUUGUUCACGUGGAACUCAUGAUAGCUACGUAUACGCUUCGGUUAGGUAUAUGAUGCAAUGAAUGUUGCUAUAUGCGUUAUAGAAUAUAGAACUUCUGCGUCACACAUA